AUGCCGCUACCCCGGCCCGUCAGCUCUGCCGACAUGCGCAGCGCCCACGCCUCGGGCUCGCUCCCCGCCUCGCCAGCUCCUCGCGGCGCCGGCAGCAGCAGCAACAGCGCCCAGCUCGGCCUCAAGCUCGCCGUCGAGCGCGGGGCCUACGUCGCAGGGCAGCAGGUCAAGGGCGUCCUCGAGCUCAGCGUCAAGGGCCAGCUCGCACUCGGCGAGGUUGGCAUCGAGUUCCUCGGCGUCGAAGAGCUCCGCUCGCGCGACCACACCUCGACCCGCCGCCUCCUGUCGGACCGAGUCGACUUCCAGGGCAACGGCCUCCCGCCGUCCAACGCCGUCAAGCCCGGCACCAAGCCAAUCCAGGGCUCCUUCUACCCGGCCCUCCCCGGCCGCACCCGCUUCGCCUUUGCCUUCACCAUCCCGGCCUCGCUCCCCUCGACCUGCGCGCUCGGCUCAAACGCCCAGACGCGCUACGAGCUGCGCGCGUUCGCGAGCUCGCUCGUCGACGGCAGCGUCGACUUGCGCAGCGAGAAGCUCGACGUGCGCGUCGUCGAGCGCUGGGGCGACUGGCGCGACGAAGAGUGGCAGACGCCGCUCGAGCGCACGGCGCAGGGCACGCUCGCGCGCGGUGGCGACGGCGCACUCGAGCUCGUCGCGAGCGUCGGCAAGGGCGAGUGGGCGCUGCGGCCGCCGAGGCUGUUCUGGCGCUCGGACGGCGACAUGGACGUCGCCGGCAAGGGCAAGGUCGAGGUGCGCGCCCACGUCCGCAACCUCAGCAAGCGUCACGUCACGGGCCUCAAGCUCUCGCUCAUCCGCCGCCUGCGCGUCCUGUACCCGCAAGGCGCUCGCCCUGUCGUCGAGCCGCCCGUCGUGUCGAGCGUCGUCGUCGCCGAGCGGUUCCACGGCAUCGACUACGACGUGCGCAGCGGCGGCGAGCGCGACGCCGUCCUCGCCCUGCAGGUCCCGACCGACGAGUGCUGGACCGUGCGCAAGGGCACCCUGUUCGAGCUCGACGUCGUGCUUCGUGUCGAGGUCGAGUGCGGCUUCCUCCAGAAACCGCUCUCCGUCGACCUCCCGAUCUGGAUCGCCCACCCGCUGUCGCUCCCGAACAGCGCGCACCGCUUCGCCGACGAGGAGCGGGCCCGUCUCGCGCCUGCCGCCGCGCCCGUCCAGGCGCCGGCCCUCGCGCCCACACCGUCGCCUCAGCCGUCCAUCCCGUACUCGCCCUCGACGGUCGGCACCUUUUCUUCGCCCGCCGCGCCGUACCACACCUUGUCGCCCGAGCCGUACGCCCCGGCGUUCGCGCACGGCGGGCACCUCCCGCUCCCGGGCACGCCGGCGCCAGGGCAGCACGGGCGCCACUAUGCGGCGUCGGCCAUCUCGAUGACCUCGUCGGCGUCGUCGCCGGCCAUGUACCCUCCCUCGACGCCCACACCCUACUUUCCUCCACCUCCUGCGGCGCCCGCCGAGCUGUACGACCCGGUCCCGGCCGCCUACGCCGCGCCGCACGGCUACGUCGCGUUCGACCCGACCGUGCCCGACCUGUCGACGUCGCAGUUCCUCGGCAGCCUGCAGCACCAGCAGCCCGGCUAUGUCCCGACGCCACCCGGGACCGCCUUCUCGCCGCCGCCGCCGCAGGCGCAGCACGCGCCGCUCGCACCCUGGAGCGUCGCCGCGCCGCCGUCGCCUCAGCCGCACGUCGCCUCGGUCCCGCCGCCGCACGGCCCGCCUCCGCCGCCGUCGCGCGCCCACACGAUCGCGGCGGGCCUCGGCCUCGCGCCGCACGAGGCUGCCCAGGUCGAGGUCAACCUCGCGCCGCUCGAGCCGUACAGCGCCGCGCAGCGCGCGCACCAGCAUGCACGCACGGCGAGCGACCUGCCGUACCUCGCGCAGCAGCAGCAGCAGCGCGGCGUCGAGCCCGUGCGUCAGCACAGCGCACCUGCUGCAGCGGCGGCGCAUGUGCACGGCGGCGAGCUCGACUUGCCCGAUGCGAGCCCGCCGAGGCCGUGCGCGAGCCCGGUGCCGUCCAUCCGCGGCGGCGAGGUCCGCUCGCCCGAGCCCGUCACGUCGUCGGCGCCGUCGCACACCCGCGUCUCGCACACGCCGCCGCCGCCCUCGCCGAGCUCGCACUUCCGGCGCGCCGAGCAAUCGCGCUCGCCGUCGCCGGUCGAGUCGGCGCCGGCGUCGGCGUCGGCGCACUCGUCGCCGCUCGGUGCCGCCUCCCCGGCGUCGGCGUCGGCGGCGGCGCCGACAUCUGCGCUCCUCGAGACGAUCGGCGAGGACGGCGAGUCGCAGGCGGGCAACACGGCGCGCAGCGCCAUGCUCCCGCCGGGCUUGGCCGACGCCCUGCGCGACGACGGCGGCGCCGGUACCACGGCGGGCUCGAGCCCUGGGCGCAGCAGCGUGCAGGACCUCGAGGAGCUCGUCGAGGAGGAGGAGCGCCGCGACGUCGAGCGCAGGGCGCGAACGAAGGAGGGCUCGCGCGCGGCCGACCUGCCGCCGAUGCCGUUCCCGACUACGGCGGCGACGGCGAGUCGCGACGCUCGGCCCCGAGCGCAGGACAUCUUCGCGCCCGUCGUUGCGGUCCCCUCGUCCGCGCCUACCGCACCGUCGCCAGCUUCGUCGUCCUCCCCGACUCGUCUCGCCGCCCCGAAGCGCGACGGCGGCGGGCUCUCGGCCCUCGAGGCGCGCCUCGCCCGUCCCUCGACGCCCGAUCUGUCGGCUCUGCAGCUCUGCUCCCCCUCGCGCUCGCCCUCGCCGAUCAAGCCCCUCGGCAGCCCGGCGCCGCACGCGCGCGCGUUUGCGCCCCACCUCGACCUGCUCCACCUCGGCGGCGAGAGCGAGACGGUCGGGAGCGCGCUCCGGGCGAGGAGCAUCUCGAGGGCGUCGAAGCACGAGGAGGAAAGGCGCAGGGCGGUCGAGGAGGACCCGAAGGAGGCGGUCAGGAGGGCGGUCGCGGGCGCCGCGUGGGCCCAGGGUCCGAGCGCGCGGUCGGCCGAGGCCGCUGCACCCGUCGGCGGGCUCGCGCAGAAGGAGGAGCUGCCGGUCAAGGCGUCGGUGGCCGACUGGGUCAAGUCGGUCGAGCCCGUCGCGCCGGCGUCGGUCGAGCAGCCGGUGCGCCCCGUCGUCGAGCAGGUCGCCGACGUCUGCGCCGCCAAGGCCGGUCGGCCGGCGCAGUACAAGCCGCGAGCGCCGCUCAAGCUCGCGGCGCCGGUCGCCGAGCCCGCGAUGCAGGAGCCGUCGUCGCCGUCGUCACCUCGUCGUCCGCUCCCCUCGCCACCGCCCUCGCCUCGUCGAGCCCUUCCCUCGCCGCCAGCGCAGGACACGUCGCCGAGCAAGCCUACGUCACCUUCGUUUGGCGUCUCUGCGCCCGUCGCUGUUCCUGAGCAGCCGCCGGCGUCGGCCAAGCCCAACGUCCCUCGACCCGUCUUCGGCGCAUCGCCGUCCAAGCGCGACAUCUCGCCGGCGCCAUCCCCCGACAAGCCGCCCUCGCCCUCCCUGCCCGUACCAGCGGCGCGCUCGCCGACCAAGACGAGCCUGCCGAGCCCUUGGUCCAGCAGGCCGUCGCCGUGGUCGUCCGUCGGGAGGUCGCCCUCGCCCGUCAAGGCCGCAUCGCCCGCGCCUACGUCGACGCCCUCGUUCGACGCGCCCAAGUCGCCCAUCGCGGCAGUCGUCGACGACGGUGGGCGCAAGGUCGUCGACGUCGUCGAGAUCAAGGGGCUGAAGCGUGAGGCGGUCGACCGCGUCGCCGGCUGGCUCCAGAAGGCCGACACCGAGCCUGUCGCACCUGCGCCGGCGCCCGACAGCGUCGUCUCGUUGCAGACCAAGCAGCAGAAGCGCAUCACGAUCGAGUUUGGCCGUCACGCGCCCGAGCCGCCCUCGCGCCCGUCGUCCUCGUCGUCCAGGACCGGCCUGUCGCGCAGCGCGGCAGCUCCGCCCUCGCUCCACGCCACCGGCCGCCCUCAGCAGCAGCAGCAGGAGCCGACCGUGGCACAGCUUCUCGCGGCCGAGACGCGCGCGGCCAUGCGCCAGGCGCAGGCAGACGCGCCCGCCGACCUGACGCGCUCGUCGGCUGUCGAGAAGGGCCUGAACGGGUACCUCGCCGCGCUCAAGAGCGACGCAGAAGACGUCGGCAAGGGCGAGCAGGCGCAUCGGUCGGCGAGGAGGGCGGCGCCGGGCAAGGUGAGGAGCGUCGCGAGCAUCUGGGCCGAGCGCGUCGAGGAGGCAGAUCGCGAGCGCACCGAGUCGCCGCCGCCGCCUGCGGCUCGCGCGCUCGGCCACAAGCCGACCAAGUCGCACUCGUCGAUUCAGCUCGGCGCCCUCUCGUCGUCGACCUCGUCGCCUCGUCCUCUCGCGUCCCUCAGCAACUCGCCCGUUGCCCCCACCGCAGGUCCUCUCCCGUCGAGGCGCGCGAGGCCCGUCUCGCUGCAGCCCUCGGCAUCGCCCGCACGGCCCUUCCUCAACUCGACUGUCGGCCGCGCCUCCCCGUCGUCAUCGGCGGCCGCCGCCGCUUCGUCGCCGACGGCCGGCAUGCGGGUCCCGAGCGCGGCUGGAGGUGCGAUCAAGGGCGCAGGCAAGCUCGCAGCGUCCGAGAGCGCGCCGGCCGGGUGGGCCUCGCCCAGUCGAGCGGGAGCAGCCGACCGGAGCGGCAGCGGCGCCAAGGUCAAGGACCUCCUCGCGCGUUACCAGCAGCAGCUCGCGUGA